CAACACCACCUCCUCCGCCUUCACCUCCGCCAUUAGCUUAUGUCACUCCCCAUGACCAAGCACCUCGCCGGCUUUCGCUGCGCUUCUUCCUCCCUUCCCAUCACCGCCGCGAACCCGCUUCCGUUACCUCCCCCUUUUCUUCUCCUUCUUUCUUUUCUUCCUUUGAUGCCUUUCCUUUCCAAUUUCUUCUCACUCACUCUUCAUUUUCCGCCUCUUUUUUCACUGCGUCUGCCCGCAUUCUUUCUCCCCUGCAACUGGUAGCGAGCUCAAGUGCGCAACCGGAAGAUAGAGGCUUUUGCUUACUGCUUUUGGAGGAACACAGCAGCGGAGGAGGACGUCCUCGCCGAAGAGUACAGUGAGAUUUCGUAGAAUGGCUACUACCAUUCCGGCGGUCUCCGCCCUCGACGCCGCACGGAAUGUAAGCGCAUCCCGCGUUCGACCGCAGAAAAAGGUCCAGAACCCUUCGCCUUCCCCUCGCCGCCGAGAUCCUUCAGUCUCUUCCCGAGCGCCGCUGUCUUCCUGCGAGAAGGACAAUGCUGCCGCCCCCAAGCCUCCCCGCGGCAAGGAGAUCAACUCCCGCUACCUGGCAACCUCCUUUCCGUCCUCUUUCUCCGCUCUCGCUUCUAAAGGUGGUUCCCUGUCGUCCGCUCCCACGCGUUCCUCCUCGAAAGGUACCUCUUUUACUUCUUCCUCUUGUUCCACGUCGAUCGCUUCUUCUUCGUCGUCUUCUUCUUCUACCGCUACUUCUUCUCACCGGCGCUUCCGUUCGCCUAUCCCUGCUUCCCGACCCUCGUCACCAAUGGCAUUGCCCCCUACUUCCUUGCCUACCCGAUCCAAAUCCGUGGACCGGACUCGACCCAUUGAGACCUCUGCGCGGCGUCCCGCUCGAGAAUCCACUGAGCUUUCCUCCGCCGCGGCGAAAGCCCUCCGUACUACCACUCGGAGUCUAUCUGUUUCCUUCCAAGGCGAGUCUUUCUCCUACCAGACCAGCAUGGCCAGACCGGCAUCCCCUUGUCCCAUCAGAAAGCCCACUCCAGAACGGCGGACGUCUAUCGUUCCCUCUUCGACUCCGACGAGGAACAGUUCUAAAUCAGAAAGCUACAGAGCCUUAGAGAACCACCACCGCUGGCCCGCUGCAAGGACACAACAAUCCAUUUCGUUGACAAGGAGCUUGGAUUGCUCUGCCCCCGAGAAUGUCUCAGUCUUGGCAGCUAUGAGAUCAUUGAGACAAUCCACGGUGCUCCACGAGGGUGCAAGGAGGGCCUCCUUCGACGGCGGUGAAUUUUCUCUGUCAUUUGACACCGAUAGCUUGUCUUCUGGUGGCAAUCCCGAGCUGCUCGAGUUCAAUACUCUACCACCAAGAGGGCCAGUGACACCGCGUGGGAGAGAUGUGCCUGCAAGGUUUUUACUAGAGAGAGGCAAACCGAAGCCAUCACCUGGAGGGAAGUGCACAGCCUCUUCGAAGCCUGUUCCAGCAAAGAAGUCCUUCAUCAAUGGCUUGCUAUCAUCUCCUUUGAUAUCUUCUUCUCCUCGACAUUGCCCUUCUAGGCCUUCUUCUCCUGGUAAGCUGGCAAUUAUAUCACCAAGAGGCUCACCUGGUGUUCAACGAGUUCCUAUUAGCCCAAUAACAAGCUCCUCCGACACUGUUCCAUUGUCUUCCAAUGGGUCAUCAAUGCUUGGCAUGGUUGCUGAUAUCAAGAGGGGGAAAUAUGGGGAAAGGCAGUUGGAGGAUGCACAUCGGUUGAGGUUACUUAAUAACAGACAAUUGCAGUGGCGGUGGGUUAAUGCACAACUGAAGGACACCUUUCUUGUGCAAAAAUUAACUGCUGAGAAACACCUAUAUGGCACAUGGAUAACUACCUCCGAAGUGCACAAGUCUUUAGCUGUUAAUAAACUACAGCUACAGACUAAGAAACAAUAUCUGAAGCUCAAUUCCAUUCUCAAGGGACAAAUAAUCUAUCUAGAAGAAUGGUCUCUUGUAGAUAAAGAACAUACAAGUGCUUUAUCUGGUGCUAUUGAAGCACUAAAAGCCAGUACUAUCCGCCUUCCAGUUGUUAAUGGAGCAAAGGCAGAUUUUCAAGAAGUGAGAAAUGCUGUUGGUUCAGCAGUUGAUGUGAUGCAAGCAAUGGGAACUUCAAUCUGUGCUAUAUUGUCUAAGGUACUAGGAAGAAGUUCCAUGGUCUCUGAACUAGCUGAACUCGCUGUCAAAGAACAAGCCAUGAUGGAUCAAUGCAGAGAUCUUUUAUCUGCAGUUGCAGUAAUGCACGUGAAACAAUGUAGCUUGUUAGGUCAUAUAGCACAGUUAAGAAGACCAAGCCUGAUUCAACCAUAGAGAGAAAUUGCAACUAACUACUAACAGAAGAACUCUGCAGAGGCUGACAGAUCAGGAAGUUUGGUGAGACUGCCAAUUGCUCUACCUACCAUGAAUUUGUUUUGUUCAACAUUAGAUUAGUUUGUUUGUAUUUUGUUCUCCACUGCCUCUAUGAUCUUUCUCCCUCUGUUUAAGCUAAUGUAUAUAUGUAAGAACUUGCUAAGUUUCCUGUAACUGUGGUUUCUUGAUAUGCAGUAAAAAAUUGG